GAACUCCGCCCUUUCUCGUGUCGUUGCGCGCUCGCGUCUGCGCGCAGGCAGGCAGGCGGGCAUUCCUGGCCCGAGUGUGCAUGUCUAUGUAUGUGUGUGUAUAUCUGUGUGAGUGUGAGUGUGGCCGGGCCUGGGACACUGUAACAUGGAAGAUGAGGAGGUUGCUGAGAGCUGGGAGGAAGCAGCGGACAGCGGGGAGAUAGAAAGAAGACUGGAGGCAAAGCUGAAAAUCAGCCAGAAAGAGAAGAAGUCGAGCAGCAGCUCUGGACGCUCGCCCAUGAGGACAGCCGUUGUGAUCCAGGACGAUUCGCUCCCUGCUGCGCCCCCACCCCAGAUCCGAAUACUGAAGCGGCCCUCGAGCAAUGGUUCCCUGGGUUCUGCUGCAGCCUCCACUCGGCCCAUGCCGCAGGUGAAGUCCCUGGCUCAGCGGGAGGCUGAGUAUGCGGAGGCCAGGAGGAGAAUCCUGGGCAGCGCCAGUCCCGAUGACAUCCCUCAGGAUAGGCCGAGCACAGACAGGCCAGUGCGGAUGACCGCCCCCCCCUCUUUGGAGGACUGUCGGCUGAACAAUCACGCAAUCCGCCAGCCCACUGGCCCAGAUGGUACACAGGGCUUUCGCCAGCGCAGAUAGAGAGGAAAGCGGGGAGGGGGAGAGGAGUAGCAGUUUUGCCUUGGGAAUGAAUGGAGCUAGGGUUUGAAAUGGUCUAAAAUGUAAUGCUGAUAAUAAGAAAGGAUUGGGAAUAUUGUGCAAUUAUAAAGAGAGCAUAUUUCCUCCCUCGCCCUUCUGAAAGUUACCUUUACCCUGCAGCCACAAAAGUUCCUUGUCUAGUACGUGUGACUGAGAGGAGGGGGGUUCCUGAGAAGUGAGGGGCAAAUCUCAUCUGCCCCCCCACCCAGUCGACACUGUGACGAAGCCAUUGCUUCUUCAGGACUUGGGUCACUGUGACACGCCUCUAAGUCCUCUCCCAGCGGCCUCCCCGACCCUUCCCUUUUGGUUUGCAACCGACCGGGACCUCAAGCACGGGCAGCUCUACCGAGUAAAAGAUGAAGGGGGAAUUACGCAAAAGGAGACGCAGACUCGGCGCACAAGACGGAAAGACGGGGAUACAGCAGCUGUAAGGAGAGAGCUGAUCGCAGCGAGACACCGGCACUGGGUGCCAUUUUUCUCAAGCAAUAAAACUGAUGUCAUUGAGGAUCACUGCCCCUGCACACUGUCAACUUGUCAACCUGUCAGUGUAAUAACUAUCGAUAUUGCCUAUUUCAGUUUUAAGUUCAGUUUGAUUACUUUGGUGAUUAUAAUUGUGUGUG